AUGAAGAUGUUACUCCUGCUGCAUUGGCUUGGGGUGUUUCUGUCCUGUUCUGGACACAUCCAGGAUGAGCACCCCCAAUAUCACAGCCCUCCGGAUGUGGUGAUUCCUGUGAGGAUAACUGGCACCACCAGAGGCAUGAAACCUCCAGGCUGGCUCUCCUAUAUCCUGCCUUUUGGAGGCCAGAAACACAUUAUCCACAUAAAGGUCAAGAAGCUUUUGUUUCCCAAACACCUCCCUGUAUUCACCUACACAGACCAGGGUGCUAUCCUUGAGGACCAGCCUUUUGUCCAGAAUAACUGCUACUAUCAUGGUUAUGUGGAAGGGGACCCAGAAUCCCUGGUUUCCCUCAGUACCUGUUUUGGGGGUUUUCAAGGAAUAUUACAGAUAAAUGACUUUGCUUAUGAAAUCAAGCCCCUAGCAUUUUCUACCACGUUUGAACAUCUGGUAUAUAAGAUGGACAGUGAGGAGAAACAAUUUUCAACCAUGAGAUCCGGAUUUAUGCAAAAGGAAAUAACAUGCCGAAUGGAAUUUGCAGAAAUUGAUAAUUCCACUCAGAAGCAAAGUUCUUAUGUGGGCUGGUGGAUCCAUUUUAGGAUUGUUGAAAUUGUAGUCGUCAUUGAUAAUUAUCUAUACAUUCGUUAUGAAAGGAAUGACUCAAAGUUGCUGGAGGAUCUAUAUGUUAUUGUUAAUAUAGUAGAUUCCAUUUUGGAUGUCAUUGGUGUUAAGGUGUUAUUAUUUGGUUUGGAGAUCUGGACCAAUAAAAACCUCAUUGUAGUAGAUGAUGUAAGGAAAUCUGUGCACCUGUAUUGCAAGUGGAAGUCGGAGAACAUUACUCCCCGGAUGCAACAUGACACCUCACAUCUUUUCACAACUCUAGGAUUAAGAGGGUUAAGUGGCAUAGGAGCUUUUAGAGGAAUGUGUACACCACACCGUAGUUGUGCAAUUGUUACUUUCAUGAACAAAACUUUGGGCACUUUUUCAAUUGCAGUGGCUCAUCAUCUAGGUCAUAAUUUGGGCAUGAACCAUGAUGAGGAUACAUGUCGUUGUUCACAACCUAGAUGCAUAAUGCAUGAAGGUAACCCACCAAUAACUAAAUUUAGCAAUUGUAGUUAUGGUGAUUUUUGGGAAUAUACUGUAGAGAGGACGAAGUGUUUGCUUGAAACUCUACACACAAAGGACAUCUUUAAUGUGAAGCGCUGUGGGAAUGGUGUUGUUGAAGAAGGAGAAGAGUGUGACUGUGGACUUUUAAAGCAUUGUGCAAAAGAUCCCUGCUGUCUGUCAAACUGCACUCUGACUGAUGGUUCUACUUGUGCUUUUGGGCUUUGUUGCAAAGACUGCAAGUUCCUACCAUCAGGGCAAGUGUGUAGAAAGGAGGUCAAUGAAUGUGAUCUUCCAGAGUGGUGCAAUGGUAGUUCCCAUAAGUGCCCAGAUGACUUUUAUGUGGAAGAUGGAAUUCCCUGUAAGGAGAGGGGCUACUGCUAUGAAAAGAACUGUCAUGACCGCAAUGAACAGUGUAGGAGGAUUUUUGGUGCAGGGGCAAAUACUGCAAGUGAGACCUGCUACAAACAAUUGAACACCUUAGGUGACCGUGUUGGUCACUGUGGUAUCAAAAAUGCUACAUAUAUAAAAUGUAAUAUCUCAGAUGUCCAGUGUGGAAGAAUUCAGUGUGAGAAUGUGACAGAAAUUCCCAAUUUGAGUGAUCAUACUACUGUGCAUUGGGCUCGCUUCAAUGACAUAAUGUGCUGGAGUACUGAUUACCAUUUGGGGAUGAAGGGACCUGAUAUUGGUGAAGUGAAAGAUGGAACAGAGUGUGGGAUAGAUCAUAUAUGCAUCCACAGGCACUGUGUCCAUAUAACCAUCUUGAAUAGUAAUUGCUCACCUGCAUUUUGUAACAAGAGGGGCAUCUGCAACAAUAAACAUCACUGCCAUUGCAAUUAUCUGUGGGACCCUCCCAACUGCCUGAUAGAAGGCUAUGGAGGUAGUGUUGACAGUGGCCCACCCCCUGAGAGAAAGAAGAAAAAGAAGUUUUGUUAUCUGUGUAUAUUGUUGCUUAUUGUUUUGUUUAUUUUAUUAUGUUGCCUUUAUCGACUUUGUAAAAAAAGUAAGCCAAUAAAAAAGCAGCAAGAUGUUCAAACUCCAACUGCAGAAGAGGAAAAAAUUCAGCGUCAACCUCAUGAGUUACCUCCCCAGAGUCAACCUUGGGUGAUGCCUUCCCAGAGUCAACCUCCUGUGACGCCUUCCCAGAGUCAACCUCCUGUGACGCCUUCCCAGAGUCAACCUCCUGUGACACCCUCCCAGAGUCAACCUCGGGUGAUGUCUUCUCAGAGUCAACCUCCUGUGAUGCCCUCCCAGAGGCAACCUCAGUUGACGCCUUCCCAGAGUCAACCUCCUGUGACCCCUUUCCAGAGUCAACCUCGGGUGACGCCUUCCCAGAGUCAACCUCCUGUGACGCCCUCCCAGAGCCAACCUCGGGUGACACCCUCCCAGAGUCAACCUCAUGUGACACCUUACCGGAGUCAAAGUGGUAAACAAAAGCAAUCAGUACCAAUUCCAAAAACUGUAUCCAGAAAAGGUACAUUAAAAAAUAAUUCCUAG